ACAGGCUGGCUCUGUGCUCCCCAUUCACUCAGGCUCCUACUCUACCAUCUGGACCCUGACUUCCAGGUGACUCACUGCCAUGAGGACCCUUGCCCUCCUCACUGCCCUUCUCCUCUUGGCCCUCCAGGCCCAGGCUGAGCCUCUGAGAGAGAGAGCUGAUGAGGUUCCUGCCCAGGACCAGCCUGAAGCCGAGGUCCAGGACAUGACCAUCUCUUUUGAUGGGGAUGAGCGCUCUGCUCGAGAUGCUUCAGGCACUGGAACAACAAUCAUCUGCCACUGCAGUCGCACCUUCUGCUCAGGACGUGAGGUUCAAGGUGGGACCUGUACCCUUAUCCCCCCCGGCACCAUCUACCCGCUUUGCUGUCGCUGA